GUGAUUUUUGUGGGUGUGUUGCUGAGUGUUUUUUUUUUUCCGUUUUGUUCAUUUCGCUUUAACAGUUCAACUAUUGUAGCUUCCACUCUACACGCUGACACAAGUUACCUUUACUAAUAAGAAAAAGGAUGCCUUACAUCUAUAAAGAACCAAAGCAACAGCCCAGCGUUCCGGAGGAAGCUCGGUGUAUCCAUUCAUCUGGAAAAAGCUAUGAGGAACUCAGACGUGAGUGUCUCAAAAAGGGCACUCUUUUUGAAGACCCUGACUUCCCUGCAAAUGAUGCCUCUCUUUUCUAUAGUGAAAAGCCAAAUAUCCCUUUUGAAUGGAAAAGGCCAAAGGAAAUUGUAAAAGACCCUGAAUUCAUACUGGGAGGUGCAUCAAGAACAGAUGUGUGUCAAGGUGACCUAGGAGAUUGUUGGCUUUUAGCUGCUACUGCUUCCCUUACUUUGAAUGAAAAGGUCCUGAAUAGAGUGGUGCCACCUGAUCAAAACUUUGGUUCUGGAUAUGCGGGUAUUUUUCAUUUUCAGUUUUGGCAGCAUAAUGAGUGGGUCGAUGUUGUAAUUGAUGAUCGACUUCCCACCUUCAGAAAUCGUCUAGUGUUUCUGCACUCAGCUGAUCUCAAUGAAUUUUGGAGUGCAUUAAUGGAAAAAGCGUAUGCGAAGCUAAAUGGGAGCUAUGAGGCUUUAAAAGGUGGCAGCACAAUAGAAGCUAUGGAAGACUUCACUGGAGGUGUUGCAGAAACAUAUGAAACCAAAAGUGCCCCUGAUAAUUUUUAUGAUAUAAUGGACAAGGCUCUUAAAAGAGGAUCAAUGUUGGGCUGUUCUAUUGAUAUCACAAGUUCUGCUGAAACAGAGGCUAAAACCCCACAAGGACUUGUAAAAGGACAUGCAUAUUCAAUAACUGGUCUGGAUGUUGUAAAUUUCAGAGGUCAAAAAGUAAAGCUCAUCAGAGUAAGAAACCCUUGGGGGCAGGUUGAAUGGAAUGGACCCUGGAGUGACAAUUCUUCGGAAUGGAACUUCAUUGAUGCAGCAGAGAAAAACCGCCUUUGUCAGAAAUCUCUUGAUGAUGGUGAAUUCUGGAUGAAGAUUGAAGAUUUCAAAAGAUACUUUGACAAAGUUGAAAUUUGUAACCUCACUCCUGAUGCACUAGACAACGAUACUUUACAUAAGUGGGAAGUGAUGGUUCAUGAAGGAAGCUGGGUCCGAGGAUCCACUGCUGGUGGCUGCAGAAACUUUUUAGAAACUUUCUGGACAAAUCCACAAAUCAAACUGAUCCUGAAAGAAAAAGAUGAAGGUCAAAACGAAUGCACUUUUAUAGCCGCACUCAUGCAGAAAAAUAGACGCAAGUUAAGAAAAGUGGGAGCAGAUCUGCUUACUAUAGGAUAUGCUAUUUAUCAGUGUCCAGGAACUGAAUCACAGUUGAAAAAGGAAUUCUUCAAAUUUAACCCAUCAAAGGCACGAAGCAAAACUUAUAUUAAUUUAAGAGAGAUUUCUCAAAGAUUCAAACUUCCACCAGGAGAAUAUAUGUUGGUUCCUACAACAUUUGAACCUCACCAGGAAGCAGAUUUUUGCCUGAGAAUAUUUUCAGAGAACAAAGCCAAAAUUGAGGAACUAGAUGGAAAUAUAAUCGUUGAUCUUCCUGAUCCACCUAAACCAACUCCUCCUCAAAAAGAAACUGAAGAGGAAAGACAGUUUCGCAGCUUAUUUGAGCAAAUUUCUGGAGAGGACAUGGAGGUGAGUCCAGAAGAAUUACAAUACAUCCUGAAUGCAGUUCUAAGAAGAACAAAGAAUAUCAAGUUCAAGGAAAUAAGUCUUCUGUCCUGCUCAAACAUAAUUUCACUCAUGGACUCUAGCGGAAAUGGAAAGCUCGAAUUUGACGAGUUUAAGGUUUUCUGGGACAAGUUAAAAAAUUGGAUUGGAAUCUUCCUUCAAUUUGACACAGACAAGUCAGGCACAAUGUCUUCAUAUGAGCUUCGACUUGCUUUGAAAGCUGCAGGUUUUCAACUUAAUAACAUUGUAUUGCAACUUGUGGUCCUGAGAUAUGCCGAUGAUAGUUAUCAGAUAGAGUUCGAUGACUUCCUAAAUUGUUUGAUUCGCCUGGAAAAUUCCAGCAGGGUGUUUCAAACACUUAAAAGAGAUGCUUCUGACAAAAUCGUCCUAAAUCAGGCUGAGUUUAUCUGUCUCGCCAUGAACAUUUAAAGAAAAAUAUGGAUCAGCAUAAUCUUGCACACUGGGAACUAAAGUUUUUCGGCCCGUAGCUCCUAAAUUGUGAUUUCUUUGUUUAAUAAAACGUAUUUGUGGGAUUUAUUUGGAAUUUGUGGUAGUACAUUUUCUUUAGUGUUACACAAUUUCAUUUAUUGAUUCUAAAAGAAAAUGGAAAAAUGGACGUGUUAUGAUUUUAAUUCUUGUUCAUAUAUUUGUGUUAAUGGAUGAAAAUAAAUGUUGCUUUUAACAUUUUA